AUGCGGCGCAUUAUCGAUGACGGACUUCGUCCACAGCUCUCGCCUGACUGUCCGUUGUCAAUUACGCAUUUGAUCGCAGCAUGUGUGUCGCGCAACCCGAAGCUACGCCCGAGUGCUGCUGAUAGCGAGUUCAACUACGGUAAGAAAAAGUCGAGUAUCAAUGUUAUAACCGAACUCUCGACGUAG